AUGUCGGCAAUAAGCACGUUGGUAAGAUACUACUUAUGCCCAGUCCGUCCUACUAUUCUUAAUGUAUCUUUUUUUUAAAAACUUGAGAUAUUUUUUUGUUUAUGAAAAAAUAGUGCUAAAUUGAAAAAAAAUACAUUUUAAAAACAUAAUUUAGAUAAAGUAACUAAUAUUAUUUAUUUUCAGUACUACAAAGUUCAAAUUUAUGGCUUGAAGAGUGAAUUGAGAAAGGAAAAGGAGAAGAAUGAGAAGCUGAACGCCAAGUACGCCGAGUUGAAGAAAAACUACGAUAAAUUGGAGGUAGGUUUAUGAACUUAUUACUAAAUAGCGUUUUACAUUGUACUAAUUAUUCAGCCUACAGUUAGUAUAAAAUAUGCUUUUAAUAAUUUAUAAUAAAAUAAUGAAAUUUAAUUGAAAAAAUAAUAUUUUUGAAGUCUGAACUAGCAACUUUCGUAAAAAAAUGUCUCGGUAUUAGACCUGGCAAUCGGGCCCGGCCCGUGUCAUUUUUUCUUUGGUUAAGCUUAGCCCGGCCCAUAGAAAGCCCGCCCCGUCUACCACGCGUAAAACUUGUUUUGUAAAUAAAAAAAAUUUCUCCGCGUCGACGGAGAAAAUCGGCGAAGGCUGUAACUCCGCUCAAACUCAAUUAUUUUUUACCGAACAAAGACUGGGGUUUAAAUCGGCGGAGAAAGUCGGCGAAGGUCAUAUCUCUGUCAAUUUUUAACAUAUUUUCUCUAAAAAAUCGGAAAUGUUUUUUUUGAAUUUGUAGCUAGGUAUACUCCAUAGUUUUUAUAUUUUUUAUUGACAAUCUGUCUUUUUCAGAAAAUGUGUAAAGUAAUGCUAAAAAACGAAAAAUCAACAAAAUCAUUAAAAAAGAAGACUUCAAAACCGUCAUCAGACAAGAAAAGUUCAGAUUCUGAACACUACAGCAAUCUACCGGCAUCCACCCCCAAACAACAAGCUAAAGUUGCCAAGAAGACCAAUAAACGCGACGAUGAAAUUAUCAAACGACAACAAGAACAGGCAAGAAAGGCAUUUGAAUUGCACAAAAAGCGGGUUGCAGAGUGCAAACAGAAAACAGUAAGAAAUGUUAAAGGAUCGCAAUCCUUUAAUGUCAUCUACGACAAUGAAUACAUUCUUCAUGAAAUGCCUGUUUUUGAUGGUCAACGCACACCUCGACUCUACAAAAACAUAAGAAAUGUGAAUGCAGCCGAAAGACACCAAAAUCGAGCUAUGGACGAAGCACAGUACUCACAAGAAAGGCAACUAUUUCAACCAAUAAACUACAAUACUCCACGUGCAGUAAAACCAGCUGAUGGUGUUCUGGCCAACCAGUAUGUCCACCUUGCCGACUAUGAUUCAUCAUCGAGUGAAAGCUACAUCAACUCAAGCCGACCCGAAGAAAAUAACGUCACUUUUGUUGAACCUGAAUGCCCAGUGUAUUCAGACGAAAAGCUUUUCUACAGUGCUAAGAACGUUUGCUUGGACGGCUCAAAUCUACGUUUGGAUGAAACCUUUACCGGUCCAGAUGGCAAUUACAAAGUUGUGCAACUCAAAGACGCUCACCGUGCCUUGCGAACUACAUCUGGUGAAAACCGCUCCUUAAAGGCCGUUCCAAAUCGUGCCUUUGCAAAAGCAGACAUUAACGCAUUUCACAUGGAAAUAAAAAUGUUAAGGGCAGCACAGUACGACGCUACAUUGGAAGCUACAUCUAACGCUGCUUCUACACAACGAGCUUUAAACAAACCUCAAGAACGGCGGGCUCAUCGUAUACAACUUGGUACGGGAAGCUACAGUAAUUUUUCUGAGAACAGUGAUUACGUUCAAAGCAACAUUAACGACACAGUACGAUAUCAAAAAAAUAAAUCGUAUCUACAGAACGACACUUUGACCGGACAGCCCACUGAAUGUAGCUUUGAUAAAGUUUACAACUACUUGAACAACACGCACGACCUUAUGAAUAUAGCCAUGUAUGAAAGUGGACUGUGCCAAGGCAGCGUGAUGCUAAACCCAAGGCUAGAAAACAUGAUGUCAGCCUGCAGCAUCGAUGAUUUGGAAACCAGUAGAGCUUAG